UGUGUCGGCUGCAAAUUUUAUUGUUCUUGGUGUCAUUGCAAACAUUGUUGUAAUGAUAGGGACUACAAUUAAUUAAAUUACAGUGUUAUAGUAUUUUCAAUAAUGUUGUCCUUUAGAAACUGAGUGAGUUAAUUUUACACCCACAUGAAUGUAAAAUUUGCAAUCUUUACUCAUUUUACAAUUGAAAACUUAUUUUUAGGUUAGGUACUAUAGGCUUAUCUAGUUAUCAAUGUUGUGGUCACUAGUAUUUACUCGAUCUUUCUCAAAACCAGCAAGCCAACGUUUCUCUGGCUUCCAAAAGUUAAAAUUUGAAAACAUCGUUCAAAAUGUGAAACAUAGUUACCUUUCGAACCCAAAGAAGUAUAAAAUUGGUGAGAAGUGCUCAAGAAUAAAUGUUAUAUUAAGACUGAAACAACCUUUUACAACUUUGACUGUGGUAGCGGGUGUCAGUGGCUUGGGUUUGGUCAAGUUUUGUGUUCGUCCUAAUGUUUACUGUAAACCAGCUGAGAGUAAAGAUGACAAUCCACAGUUUGAUUGGACCAAGUUCUUUGAACUCAUCAAACCAGAUGUUUUGUGCCUUAUUGGAGCUAUUAUCGCCAUAUUAGCUGCUGCCGUUUUGAACAUACAACUGCCCAGACUUCUUGGAGACAUAGUUAAUGUGAUGACGAGGUUCAUGUCAUCGGUCGGGUCACAGGCUAGCUUCAGUUCAGAGAUGCGAAGCCCGGUGUUCAAAAUACUCGGUCUUUAUAUUGCACAGGCUUCAGCCACGUUCCUCUACAUCUAUCUGCUGUCCGGGGUAGGGGAGAGACUUGCUACAAGGAUGAAGGUUCUGCUCUACUCCUCUAUUCUGCGCCAAGAUCUCCAGUUUUUUGACAAACAACGAACUGGCGACCUAGUAGACUGCAUAACAUCAGAUGUUCAGGAGUUCAAAAGUGCCUUCAAGAUGGUUUUUGCCCAAGGUCUUCGCAGUAUUGCGCAGAUUGGAGGGUGUGUAGUGUCCAUGUACAGCCUGUCUCCGCCCAUGACUAUGGGAAUGUUGGUGAUAGUCUCCACCGUCAUUGUUGGAGGUACAAUGCUGGGCUCACUGCUGCGAGUUCUGUCUCGCCAAGCCCAACAUCAGUCCUCCGUUGUGACUGUGAUCAGUGAGGAAACUAUCAGUAACAUCCGCACUGUGCGAGCCUUCGCAAACGAACAACUCGAGUGUGACAGGUUUCAAGAUGAAGUAGAAAAAGCGCAACAUCUUUACCAGCGGCUGGGUAUGGGUAUUGCAGCAUUUCAGGCAGGCACCAAUCUGUUCCUGAACGGUGUUGUGUUGGCAUCACUGUGUAUGGGAGGUUACCUGAUGGCUACGGAAGAGUUGCAGCCUGGCGCACUGAUGUCGUUCUUGGUGGCGACACAGACAAUACAACGGUCACUGGCUCAGCUGUCGCUGCUGUUUGGCAACUAUGUGCGAGGCAUGCAGGCCGGCUCUAGAGUGUUUGAGUACAUCAACACUGAGGAGAAAAUCCCACUGUCAGGUGGCAAGAAGAUCCCGUUCCACUCUUUGGUGGCUGAUGUAGAAUUUGACAAUGUGACAUUCUCCUACCCUACUAGACCUCAGCAGGUGAUCCUGAAAAAUUUCAAUCUAAAACUACCAGCAGGAAAAACGGUAGCAAUUGUUGGAACUUCUGGUAAUGGGAAGUCCACAAUAGCGGCUCUCCUAGAAAGGUUCUAUGAUGUAGAUGAAGGUCACAUUAGACUGGCUGGUGUGGACCUGAGAGAGCUAGACCCGAGCUGGCUGAGAGGUCAGACUAUUGGACUGAUCAACCAGGAGCCUGUGUUGUUUGCUACGUCCAUUUUAGAAAACAUCCGAUACGGUCGACCGUCUGCCUCUGACAGUGAGGUGUACGAGGCUGCUAGGCUGGCCAAUGCUGACAGUUUUAUUCUACAGUUCCCUGAUGGCUACAGUACCAUUCUUGGGGAGAGGGGAGUUACCGUGUCUGGGGGUCAGAAGCAGAGAAUAGCUAUCGCCCGCGCUCUACUGAAAGAUCCAUCUAUCCUCAUACUAGACGAGGCUACCAGUGCCCUGGACACAGAGUCAGAGAAGGUGGUUCAGCAAGCUCUAGAAGUGGUCAGUCGCAACCGAACUGUGCUGGUAAUUGCUCACAGACUCAGCACGAUAGAGCACGCAGACAUCAUAGUAGUGCUGAGUGGUGGAGUCAUCGUGGAGAUUGGCAACCAUCAGGAAUUGAUAAAGAAGAGAGGUCAUUAUUGGAAUCUCAUGAACCAACAGCAGUCAGAGGGUAGAGGUCCAGCGUAGAAGUUUGCCUGAAAGAGUUGUGAGGCGUUUUCUAAUUUAUAAAGGUGAAAUAGAGAAGAGACAUGUGAGAAUGCAAUGCUAUGUUUUACUGUUCUCUUCACACACACAGAUAUUUUUAAGUGGCGGCGGAAAAGAAUAUGGUGACAGCUUAUAAAAUGUACCAACUACAGUGUGUUGUUUUUACAAACAAUAACAAGUUUCAAUACAAAAAUAUCGGGUUUAAAAAAUUUUGCUUUAGUUUUUAAUUGUGGUUUUAAAUAACCCUGUAAAGGUAGGGAAAGUAUGCUUCACAUCUAGUUAGGGGUCUAUGGGCUAGAAUUGUUUACUUCUGGUCGGGUUGUGUCUACAAUUUUGGGUCUGAGGCCCAAAUUGGAUUGCUUUUGUAAAUUAUUGAUUUUUUUUAAAUAUGAAAAACAAUACUACAACUCAUUUAUACAAUACUAGCUGUACCCGCGGGCUUUGCCCCGUUUAACUUGAUAAGUGAGCUCGUUCGCAUGGCUCAAUCACGUCCUGGUUGAAGUUCGUUCGCUACGCUCACUCACCUUUAGGUUGGAGCUCGUUCGCUGCGCUCACUUGUCUUCAGGUUAGCUCGUUUGCUACGCUAACUCGCCUCCAGUUUGAAGUUCGCUACGCUCAUUCACCUUUUGGUUGCAAAUUAGAUGUUGUCAUAAAUUUUAAAAAUAAUAAUAGUGCUGCACCCUGUUGGUAAUCCUUGUAACUUUAAUGCUAUUGAACACCAUAGAACAGAACCAAUUUGUUUAAUUGAAACAGCUGUUAAGAUUCAUUAAUUCCUUUUAAAUAUGAAAAAUCAUAAUGUUAACAUGGGAAACUCCAAAGCCCCUGGGGCAGAGCCCGAAAGCCCGAUCAGAAUAAAAACCACUUAGUUUUCAUAUUUAAUGCCCAAAGAAUCAGUGUACCAAAUUUCAGCCUCCUAGGUAAAUGGGAAGUGGGAGAAUUAGUGAUGAGUGAGUGAGUGAGUGAGUCAGUCAGUCAGUCAGUCAGUGAGGGCUUUGCCUUUUAUAUAUUUAGAUUGUAACCAACUGUUAGGGCAACCCAACUUUAUAAUAUAGGGGAGUAAAAGACCCUUUACAUAUAGGAAAUGGGUAAUUGAAUAUUUAGAAGAAACCAAAUUCUUUAAAUAAAGCCGAGUAGACGAUUUGUAGAGUUUGUGAUCAAAAAGAUAAUUAGAUAAGUUUUGUACAUUCAAACAAAAUAAUGAAAUUGUUACUGCCUCUCUAUUACUGUUAUUGAUUUUCAAUUAAAUUAUCGUUAC